CAGAUUGAUAAAGGAAGUGCUGGUCACCCUGGCGACGGGUGAGUUUGGGGAAGGCUCUCACCCUCCCUUGCUCUUCUGAAGGGGCCUGAUCCACGCUCUCUGGGUGUCUCCCAUCUCCCCAAGGAGGCACGGCCUAGGGCCUCCCCUCUGGCCUUGAGGGAGCUGCUGUCGUCUCCUCCCUGAGGAGGAGAGUGAGACAAUGGGACUGUUCCUGCUGCUGUCUCUGCUGCUGCUGCCAUCAUGUCUGCAGGCCGGUAGCUCAGCAGAAUGUGAUCCAAGUACUAGCUAUGGAAUCAACCAAACCGACCACCUCUCAGCCCCCAAGGGUGGCUCCGUCCGCAUCCGUUUCUCCUUCUAUCACGACUGGGAGUUAGCCAAGGAUCCCAGAGUGAGUGUAGCCUUGAGACGGACACACUUCCAUGGGGAGUUCAUCUACAACAGUACUCGGCGUUUCAUCCAUCCGGACUACAAGAACCGGAUCUCCCUUGAAUUGUCAGUGGGUCAGAGGACUGGCUCCCUGCAGAUAUCGAACCUGCAGGAGAAGGAUGGGAAUAUGUACUUUUGCCGGAUCCAAGUGGAAACAUUAAGAUGCGGCAAGAGGUUGUGGCAGGCCCUGGAAGGAACCAAACUCACCAUCACCCCCGCUCUCAAGACGACCACCGCUGCCCCCACCAUCCAUGGCCCCUCCACCACUGGCCCCACCACCACUGGCCUCAGUGUCUUGGAAGGCAAUAGGAGCUCAGCAUCUUCACCCAUGAGUGUGGAACCUGUGGUCAUAGUGACACUGGCCAACACUGUGCUCAAAACUGCAAUUUUGGGACUGAUACUCUGCCUCAGGUGGAAGAGAAGCAAAGGAUGAAGCCCAGGACGACAGCCCCACCCUCUAUGACUCCCCCACCCUCCCCAGCUCCUCGCCACCAGCAGCACCUCCCUGCCUCCCUCCCAAGGAGGGCCCCCAGGAGGAGACACUAUAUUCUCCCAGAAAGGCCUGACGAGUGGGACUGGAGGAUGACUUCCUUAGACUGAGCUGCCCAGCGGGUCACAGCCUCUGAUAAGGACCCCGGCCAGACUGGAAGACUCAGAAGCCAGUGGGUGUGGAAGGCCUCCAAGGACCACAGACAGAGCCAUCUGCUCCAACCCCCUCUCCACCUUCCCAGCCCUUGCCCACAAGAGUCUGGUAGAAUUUGCCCGAAGGCAUCUAAGGAGAAAACUGAUGGCUCCUUCCAUUUCUGUCUUCUCAUCACGAAUGAAUUCUAAUAAAGGGUCACACCCGAGAUCCCUCCCCUAGUACUGGAGUUGGGUGACUGCCUCAGGGGCGGGACACAAUAAACCCCGACGCUGGCAGUCAGCCCAGAAGCCAGGGUCUGGCCCUCCUCUACCCCUUCCCCUUCCCCUCUGAUCAGAACGAACACGCACGUGCCAAGUGCACCACCUCAUUUAGGUGCCUCCAACAAGCUGAGCCCAGACUGGAUGCGCUCACCCGAGCCCUGAACAGGACCACAGGGGUUAGCGCUUUUCUCCAGGCCACACGCCUAGUAAGUGGCUGAGCAGGGGUCUGAACCCAGACCUGCCCUCCCCAACGACGGCCUUCUCCCAAGACUCAGGCGUCCCGGCCCUCCCAGAUCCCUCAGACUGUGCCAGCCUCCCACAGACACAGGGACGUGCCCCAGGGAGC